CUCUAAUUGUGAUUUAAUCUCUGCAACAGGUUUACAAGCCCGCCAUUGGAUACACUUGGAACUUCCAAGAUGAACUAGGGUUCCAAGUUUAGUCUGGCCAAACAAAACUUCAAUAAGAUAAUAAGAAAAGAACUGGAUUAUCAGUAAGUGACCAAAGUACGCUUCCCGACCAAAGCCCCUCGAAAAACCCUGUGCAGAAACAAUGACUAUUCCUCCGCAAAGCUCCAAUCAUGGAUGAAGGUUGUCACUUGUUCCUUAGAAGUCUUAGCAAGCAUAAAGUACUCGCAACAGAAACAUCAGAUUGCAGUCAUGGCUCUUGUACAAAAAGUUAGAGUAGCAUCCAUUCUCAAGUGGGUCACUUCAAAUUUUGUGGAAACCCGCCUUAAAUCAUCAAAAUUCUCAUUUUGGCCAAACUGGUCAGUCUACAUUGCCCCAAACCCCAGGUUCUAUGGAACAGAGAAUUCGGAGAGAACUGAGAAGUCUGAAAUUGUUGUUGGAAUUUCAAAUGAAAUUGUUGUCAGAACUUCAAAUGUUGAUGGUGAUAAGAGUAUCCGAAUAUCUCGUGAUGUUAAAAAACAAGCCCAACAUGCAUUGCUAGAAUACUUUUAUAGUACUAGGAGCUUACAGUUUAUGGAUGCCGAGUAUAUAAGCAAAAACGCACCUUGUUUCCUUGAAAAGCUUCUAAAGAAGAUUGAUAUCGGGGCUGAUGUUGGGCGAUCUGUUAGCCGUUUUUUACGUUAUCACCCUAUCAAUGAGUUUGAGCCUUUCUUUGAGAGUUUGGGUUUGGAACCUUCUGAAUUUACUCCUCUGCUGCCUCGCGAUUUGAUCUUCUUGAGUGAUGAUGAGUUGUUAUUAGAAAAUUAUCAUGUUUUAUGUCAUUAUGGAAUUCCACAUAAUAAGAUAGGGAAGAUUUAUAGACAAGCUAUACAAGUUUUUACUUAUGAUUUUGGGGUUUUGGCAUCAAAGCUUCAAGCUUAUGAGGAACUGGGGUUUAGCCGGUCAUUUAUGUGUAAAGUUUUUGUUUGUAGUCCUACCCUGUUGAUUGGGAAUGUGAACAUGGACUUUCCUAAGGUGUUAGAGUUACUGAGAAGUAUGGGAAUGGAGAUCAAUUGGGUUGAUGAGCAUUUGUCAGAGCAUAAUUCCUAUAACUGGAGUAUAAUGCUUGAAGUUUUAAGCUUAUUUAGCGUGGAGGGUUAUGGUAAAAAGGUAGGGGAUAUCAGCCAGUAUCCAGGACUCCUGUGAAAUUCAGGAGACAGAACACUUACACUGAUUGGUUUUCUGAUAAAAUUUGGAUUGUCCAUGAAUGAAAUAUGCCCAAAUUUUCAGCAAUUCCCACAAAUUGAAGGGAAAUUCAUAUUGAAUUUGAGGAAUUGCUUUCAUUUGCUACACGAGAUUGAAAUGACUGGCUAUGAGUUGGGAAGAUUAUUCGCUUUUUAUUUCCCAUUGCUGGGUACAUGAUUUGAAGAAAUUUUUAGCUUGCUCGCCAAUUUGAAUGUUGGGAAAAAGCGUCUUUGUGAAUUCAUCCAAGAAAAUCCACAAGAAUUGAAGAAAUGGGUUUUGGGAACAAAAGUUGAACCAUUACCAAGAGAGGAUCACCAAUCAAAAAGCAUGAAGACCAGGUUCCUAUUGGAUUUGGGUUACGUAGAGAGCUCAAAUAAGUUGAACGAAGCAUUGAAGGUUUUCCGAGGCAAAGGAACAGAAAUUCAAGAGAGAUUUGAUUGUCUUGUGAAAGCUGGCUUGGACAGGAAGGAUGUUUCUGAAAUGGUCAUAGUAUCACCUCAAAUUCUUAAUCAAUCAACAGGUGUCCUUGAGACAAAGAUUGAUUUUCUGGUAAAUGAACUGGGUUAUCCCAUAUCAACUUUAGUGGCUUUCCCAUCAUAUCUUUCCUAUACAAUUGAGAGGGUGCGGCUUAGGUUAUCAAUGCAUAAUUGGCUCAAAGAUCAAGGAAAAAUAAAUUCCCCCUUGUCCUUGAGUACUGUAAUUGCAUGCUCAGAUAAAUAUUUUUUGAGACACUAUGUAAAGCGUCAUCCUAGAGGACCUCAAGUUUGGGAAGAUUUGAAGAAGAAAAUUUAUUCUGGAUAGAAAAUAUAUCUUGCCUAUAUCUUGCUCUCUUAUGUGAAAAUGCAAUAUUGCUGGGAUAUAACAGGGAAUGAUUCCUUUCCUACAGGCCGAGAAAUUUGUUGUAGCAACAUUUUAUUUGUUGCCUUCAACCUCAAAUUACUAUCAAAAGUGAAUAUGUGGAGCAAAGUGUUUCUUGACAAGGGUUCGACUGUGUUGGAAGCAUCUCUUUCCUACCCCUGGGAGAAGGCUUUUGACAGAUUUCUUCAUCACCAAAAAGGCAUCAAAGGUGAACAAGUGUCUGGUGAUUAGUUCUGGAAGUUUGAAUAUAGGCUGCAUUUGGCAGAUCUUUUUUUUUUUGUUUCCUUGAGAAAAAGCUGCAUUCAUGUAUGUGUAUAUGUAUAUUUACUUGUUAUUUUGGCAGUUUAGAAGGCAAAUAUUGUCUUUCAGUGUAUCAUUUAUACAAGAUGCAUACUAAUAAGCAAUUAACAUUCAGCGCCUGCA